AUGCGGUUUCCACGUUCAUCUUUAUAUUUUUUUUUUCUUAUUUGUUUUCCAAUUAUUUGUUUUUAUUUUUUGUAUUUCAAAACACGAAUAUAUCAUUGCAAUGUAGAUUCAACAGGCAAUGUUAGCUUGGAUAUCUUGGAAGAUAAUAGUUGGAGUCCUGCUUUAACAAUUUCAAAGAUGCUACUUGCUUUGAGAUCAAUCUUCACCAACCCUAACCCUUAUAAACCUCAAGUUCCAGGAAUUACUCAUUUGUAUUUGGUAGACAGAAGUAAACAUGAUGCAUUAUCUGCAGAAUGGACUCAACGAUUUGCAAAGUAAAAAUUGAGCAUUUACGAAACCAAAUAGUCAUGUGUGUUUCUCGUUCAUAUAUUAUGUAGGAAUUAUAUUAUAUAUUUCAUGUAUAAGUAUCGGUUUUUCUUGUAUAUUACAUUGUAAAAUGGUUUAGGAAGUGCAUGCUUUUUAAAAUUGGAAGAUUUUCAAAAUACUCGGUCCAUAUAAGUUAAAAAUACAAAAAGAAAAUAAAAACAAAUAAUUGGAAAACAAAUAAGAAAAAAAUAAAAAGAUGAAAAAAUUAAAAUAUAAUACGAAAAGAAAUAUGAAAAAAAAAAAAAAAAAAAAACUCUAAUAUACUUUAUAUAUACACUAUAAAAUAAAAAACAAAAGGUAAAAGGGUAAAUAAAUCAAAUUGAUGAAAAAUAAAGUUAAAAAAUGAAAAUAAAUAAAGUAUAUACAAAAAAGAAAACAAAAAAGGUAUAUAUAUUUAUAAAAAAUACUGAAAAUAAAUAAUGUAUACAAAAAAAGAAAAAUAAAG